CCACCGCCGGCCACGGCUUCACCUCCUCCACCACCGAGCACGACUCCAUUACCUCUCCCACCGGCAAGAACGACUCCCUCCCUCCAUCUUCCACGCCCACCGCAACCGCGACCCCACCUCCACCGCUCGCCUCCACCCUCCGCCUCCACCGAACCCUAGAUCACCCCGUCACCCCCUCCACUGAACCCUAGAUUACCCCGUCACCUCCUUCACCGCUGAGCAAGAUUCCCCUCCCUCUUCCGCAUCCACCGCAGGUCACAGCCCCACCCCACUGCCGGCCAAGAAUCCUCCCCCCUCACCCUCUGCUCCAUCGAACCCUAGGACAUCUCCAGCAGCACACUGAUGGGGAAGAAGAUUGCAGCAAAGAGAUCCCGAGAACGCAAGAUAGCAGAAUCACCACUACAUCCUAUGGAUGUGUUGCGCCUCCAAAAGUGCAUGAGAACAAUGCAAGGCUGCAAGAACUUGGACUUCCUACAUUAUCAUCAAUGUUUGCAAACAAAGCUAUCAUUUCACCUGAAAAAGAAAAGGCCAAGCAUAAUCGCGAUGAAUCUGAAGAUGAGUACCAUCCUAACGAGGACGAUACUAGUGAAGGAGACUCGUCUGAUGAUAAUUUAGUAGAUGAGAGGGAAGCACUGCAAGAAUUAAAGUCCAUACCAUCUCAUAGCUCAAAGUCGAAGGUGCUAAAAUCCUCCAUCUAGUCAUUCCUAGAUAUGUUGCUUGUUUGUAAUUGCAGCACAAUUUUUGUUACACUUUGUUGAUUAAACCAUGCUUUCAUUUUUAUCAAGCAUUGAACGACUGUAAGAAGAUAAGUCAGGAAGCUAAUAAGAAAAGAUCUGCCGCCAUGCCUCCUGGUGGAAUUAAGCCUCGUCCUCCUAAGAGAGUUCAUGCGAACAUCCCAAUGAAUGCGCGAGUUACAAGGUCGAACAAAAGAUUAUUACUUGAUGCUGAUGCAAUUCCUCAAACCGAAGGGCUGUCAGAUCCUAAACAAAAAACACCUGCCACCAUAAGCCAACUAUUUCUAUGCCUGAAGCGGAAGAAACUGUUCCCAACUCCGAUGACCACACACUUGGUGUUGAAGGCAAGUUGUACCAUCAUACUCAUCUAUUGUCUUAUGGGUUGAUAGCCCUGCUUAUUAGCUUUCAUUGCAUGAUUAUUAUACUCUGACUGGAUGUUUUUUUUAAAGAUCGCGACCAUGCCCAUUGUGAUGACGACUACUGGAUGACCAAUGGAGUUGAUCUCAUUGCCCAUCAUGGUGAUAGCAACUAGAUGGAUUGUGAAGCUGGUGGUACUGCCCAACCUUGUCAACAAACACAAACUGAACCUGACAAUGAUCCUGAAGGCAUGUUAUAAAUCCCAAAGUCUUUCUAGUAUAGUACUUGAGUUAUAGCAGUGGUACCUUUUGUUAAACUGAACUAACAAUUGGUAGAGCUUAAACCAGUACUUUAAAAUGAGACUGAAGCAUAUGAGCUUAAUUCGUAGAGCUUAAACCAUUCUUGAUUUUACCUUCUUUGUAGGGCCACAAUCCUAUGAUGAGACAAGGGAAAGGGGGCCCAAUAUUGGAAAAGGCCUGGAAAGGAUCAGACGACGCUUGGGGGCCAAACUGCCACUUGUCAUUCCAGAAGGGAGGUUAAGGCCAGAGGCACCUCUUCUUGCUGCAAAGUUUGCAACUGAAUGCAAUGUUACAGUCAGAGGCCAUGUGCCUGUGUUUAAGCACUGGAAGGAUUACAAGGACCCAGAGGGAAAUGUUCGAGAAGGGAUCUUCAAGAACUUUGUAGGCAAAGUUGGUAACAAGUUUGAGAUGGACGUAAAAGCGGUGCCGGUUAGGAAGGCUUGUACACAAAUGUUGAAACGUGCGAUUCGCCAACAACGAUACAGGCUCAAGUAGAAGUAUUUAGAUCCUUUCCCACUCAAUUUGGUAACGAGAACAUCUUCGGUCGACUCGAUGAGUGAUGACCAGUGGAAUGAGCUUGUGGAAAGCUGGAAGGAUCCGAAAAAGAUGGGGAUAUCUAAAAUUAACAAAAAUAACCGUGAUCAAGUCAAGUUUCACCAAACUACUGGUUCACGCAGCUACCCUGUGCAAUGUGAUAUUCUGGGAGAAAAAUACAAGGAUAAAGAACUCACUGCACUGGAUUUAUUCAAGGAGUGCCACUAUAGCAGCAAAAAGAAAGGCUACACCGAUGCUGUGCAAGCUGCAAUUACUGAAAUGGAAAACAAGGCCUCUCAACCUACAGAAGAUGGCCAACAAUCAAACUCUUCAACCAAGGCUGUUGCUGAAGUGCUUGCUGAGCACACUAAGAAGCCAAUGUUUCUUAAGCAUGUGGGGAUCCAACACGUGCAUGAGAGAUCCAGUCGUAGCGAAGGUGAAGCAGAAGUGGCCUAGAAGAGGGAAAGUGCUGAGCUUCGGAUGCUUGUUCAAACCUUGACCAAUCACUUAAAGGAAUCAGAAGAAGCAAGGACCAAGCAAGAAGAGGAGAACAGGAAAAAGCAAGCUGAGAUGGAUGCUAAAAUAGAGUUUUUGCUAAAGCAGAUGCAAUCAAGAUCAGCUCAAGGGUAAGUUUGUCCAAACAAAAUACUGCUGGAAGCUGUGAAAGUGAUAUAGCGCUGGAACCUGCCUUUCCCUAGAAGUAAUUUUGUAGGGAAAACUGCCUCUGAUGUUGGUGGAUGCAAAACUGGAUGCAUUUUGCUGUUUGAUGGAAGUUGUGGUGGACGUGUUAUGCUGGAUGGUUAGUGCAUCUGCACGUGGAAGUUUAAUUAUGUUGGAUAUGUAAUGUUGGAUCAGUACUUAUCUUAUUUUUAUCAUUUAUGCUUUGUGGUAUUGUGCUUCUUUUCUGUACAUUUCAAGUUGUUCUAUACCAAAUGAACAUAUUUCAUUAUCAUGGGACAAAAUUGGUUGCUGAAACGAAUUAACAAUUAUGGGAAAAAACACUAAUGGGAUG